AUGUCUCCUAUUGGCUCUAGUUGGGGUAAUAUUGAUAUUAUCAAUGAAUGCAUGAAACACCAUGAAAUAGACAGUUGUGGCCUGGAUUAUAUUAUUCAAAGCCAUAAUAAUGAAUUUCUCGAAUAUCUUUCUCAAAGAGACCUUUUACCAUCUCUAAGGGAUUUUUCUAAUAUUAUAAGAUCUCAAAACUUGAAAGCUCUAUUUAUUUUCUAUGAGCUAGAUAAAAAUUCUGUAAUUCCAUGGUGUGGCGCAUUUUCACAGGCGAUAGACAUCAUCCAUGAUGAAAAUCUAGAUUUUAAUAGGGUAUCUUCCAAAUAUAAAGGAAUUUUGCAUUAUGCAACUUCUUAUAAUAAUAUUGAGAUUUGUAAACAUAUUUUGAAUUCCAUGGCAAUAGAGCAAAUUGAUAUAAAUGAUCAAGAAUUUUCCGGCAAAACUGCCCUCUAUUUGGCAGUUAAACAUGAUAACAAAGAAAUAACAGAUCUUCUUAUUUCACACGGUGCAGAUGUAAAUAUUAAAAAUUCAUCAGGAAUGACAGCUCUUCAUCGCGCAGUUAAAAAUAAUAAUAAAGAUAUUGCAGAACUUCUUAUUUCACAUGUAACGAAUAUCAAUGAGCACAAUAAAAAGGAAAAAUCACCUCUUUAUUUUGCUGUAAAAGAUGCAAAUAAUGAAUUACCCAGAUUUGCCUUACUUUUACCACCUCUCUAA